AGUUGAGCUGUCAGUAAGGGCCUCAGCAGCCAAGACAUGUCCACCCCGGCCAGACGAAGACUUAUGAGAGAUUUUAAACGGCUACAAGAAGAUCCUCCAGCUGGUGUCAGUGGAGCCCCUUCUGAAAACAACAUCAUGGUGUGGAAUGCAGUCAUUUUUGGCCCUGAAGGAACUCCCUUUGAGGAUGGUACAUUUAAACUCAUAGUAGAAUUUACAGAAGAAUAUCCCAACAAACCCCCCACAGUGCGAUUUGUCUCCAAGAUGUUUCAUCCAAAUGUCUAUGCAGACGGCAGUAUAUGUCUAGACAUUCUUCAGAACCGAUGGAGUCCCACUUACGACGUGUCCUCGAUUCUCACUUCCAUCCAGUCCCUGCUCGAUGAACCAAACCCCAACAGUCCGGCCAACAGCCAAGCGGCCCAGCUGUACCAGGAGAACAAGCGGGAGUACGAGAAGCGCGUGUCUGCUAUAGUCGAACAAAGCUGGAGGGACAGCUGACCUGACAAUCCCCACCGCUGAGCGCCUCAUCUUCAAGCUGUGUGCUGCAAGUUUUAGUGGAGUAACUGAAUUUUUAAACAUUUUUUGCUCCCAUUUAUGUUGGUUUUCCUUUUACGCUUUUAUGCACUUUACCCUCAACUCUCCCGACAAAAGAGUUUUUCGUUUUUCUUUCGGCCCAGUGAGAGGUUCUUUUUAUCUGGUUGCCUCUUUUUCUAGUCAACCAGGGGGAAAUGUGCUUCGUCAGUAUGGGCCGUUAAGCAAAAAAAAA